AUGGCGACCCCCUUCAUCACCCUGCUUGAGCCUAGCAAGCUCGAGGGGUUCCUGGGCGGCAUCCGCCACAACGAGCAGCCCGCCACCAUCCCCCAGCCGUUCCUGGACGCCAUGGAGGUGCGCGAGGGCGUCUUCGUCGACGAGCAAAAGGUGCCCCUCGAGAACGAGUUCGACCCCGACGACCCCCGCUCCUGUCACUGGGUCAUCUACGCCAGCAUCAACAAGACGGAGGAGGGCGAGGUGCGAGACGAGGACGGCAACGUCCUGCAGCCGCGCAAGAGCUCGACGCGAACGACGCCCAUCGGCACGGUUCGUCUUGUCCCCUUUCCGCAUGAGCCCCAUCCCAAGGCCGGCGGGAACUAUUGGAACGGAGUCUUGGUAGGAGACGAUGGCCAGGAUCAGAGCGACGCCGGCGCCGCACCCGGAAAGACUUUGAUAGCCGACAGGCCGACGUCCUUCCACGACGGCAAGGAGCCUUAUGUCAAACUCGGACGGCUAGCCGUGAUCAAGGAAUUCCGCGGGAAGAACCUCGCGGGCCUGCUCGUCAGCACCGUCCUGGCGUGGCUCAAGAGGAACCCGUCGUACUUUGACCCCAGCAUCACGGAGCUCGGCCUAGAACAAAUGGGUGCCGCCAACGAGACGGACGUCCCUAAGUGGAGCGGCCUCGUCUGCGUGCACGCCCAGGAGCAGGUGAUCAGGGCCUGGGAGAAAUGGGGAUUCCGUGUCGACGAGGGCAUGGGAAAGUGGUGGGAGGAGGGCAUCCCCCACGUAGGCAUGUUCCAGAGGCUAGAGGUGAAUCCCGAGGAGGUUCGCAUCUAA